AUGGCCGGCGUCUGGGCCGUCAUCGCGUCCCUCGUGCCGGCGUCGGAGCUGCCCGAGCUCGCGCGCGCCGUGGGCGAGGAGCGCAUGGAGAAGUGCGGGGACCUGCGCGCCGAGGCCGACGCGUUGCGGGAGAUCGUCGAGGGCUACGCCUCGGAGAACGCGGCGCCCCUCGACGACGGCGCCGACGCCGCGCGGCGGUCCGCGAGCGGCGCCUUGCUCCUCAGCGGCGGCCCCGAGCGCGACAUGCUCGAGCGCAAGAUCGCCAUGCUCUUGGACUACCUCGGCGAGCAGGGCGAGGCGCCGUCGGCGGAGAAGGACGCGCGCGUCCGGCGCUACCUCGCGAGCAAGCGCGCGGACGCGGAGCCCGAGGCGCGCGAGUCGUCGCCGUCGAAGGCGCCGCGGUCGCCCGCGCGGCCGGGCACCGCGGACAAGGCGCCGACGCGGCGCAAGGAGGUCGAGGCCCUGCGCAAGAGCCUCAACGUCGAGACCUUCGACGAGGUGCUCGCGGAGGUGCGGAGCCUGCUCGACGCCGAGGCCGAGGACCUCCUCCGGGAGAUCGACGACCUCACGGCGACCUUCGACCGCGUCGACGAGGCCGUCGUCGAGCGCGCCCAGGGCGGUGCGCCCCGGCCGAGCGACGGCGCGCCGGCGCCGCCGUCGCUGCCCGAGCUCCGCGAGAUCGGGAAGCUGCUCGAGGAGCGGUGGCUCGCGAUCGAGCACCGCCGCGACGUCAAGGGCGUCCUCGCGCGGGCGAAGCGGCCGCCGGGCGCGCCGGCGUCGCCCCAGGUCGUGGCGUCGCCCGUCACGGACCUCGUCCGCCAGCUCAUCGACGAGCCCGCGGCGCCGGAGACGGCGUCGCCGCCGCGCGCCGCGCGCGCCGCGGCCGCGGCGCUCCUCCCGUCGCCGCCGGGCAAGGCCAAGUUCUCCAAGACGGGGCCCAUCGAGCGCAAGAGCGACGCCCGCGACAAGCAGGGCAACCCGCGCAUGUUCUCCCGGACGCUCACCGCGCCCAUGCCCGCGCCCCCGGCCAUGGGGCCCCUCCAGCCGCCGCCGCGCAAGUCGAAGCUCCGCGCCCGCAUGCAGAACGCGCGCGAGGAGCAGUUCCUCAACGACUGGUAA